AUGCCUCUUCGAAAAGCGCCGCCUUGUCCAUCGCUGCUCUCUCCCUCCGCAUACGACGAUGACGUUUCCUCUCUGAGAUCGCUGUCCGACCAGGACUCAGAUUCUGAAGAUGACGAGCUUGUCAAAGACUCCCGGACGACACUGGAGCUAUCUCAGCACGAUAGAACGGUUCUGGAGGAGGAGGAAGAACGUGAGCGGCUCCUUGUUAGACAAAGUCGAGUAGACGGGCUCUGGAGGAUACUCGGAUCUGGUCACGACAAUGCCAGCAGCGUACGAAUUGGAAAGCGGGAGAGAAAGAGGCAGCGGUGUUUGCAGCGGAGAGCGGAACGGAUAAAGCGCCAGGAGGGAAAAGAGAAUGGGCAGGGUCUCAUGUACGAGAUGGAAGAGGGCAAAUUUCAUGACGAUGCGAGCUCUCAGUCAUCAGCAGCGUCGUCAGAUUUAGUCCCCGUCACGGCAGAUUCCCGUUUCUAUACAUCAUCGAGGGGCUCCUGGUGUUGGAAAAUUUGCUUACUCUCAAAUGGCGUUGUGGUCUUAUUCCUUCUCCUUCUCCUGGGCGCAUACAAGGAGUCGACUGGUUUCCGGUCCUCUCACCGGCAUCGCACCAUUCUCUCCAACGGCACCUCUCUCUUUGCUCCAACAACAAUACUUAUUUCCCUAGAUGGCUUUCGGGCUGAUUUUCUUAAUCGUGGGCUUACUCCAACGCUCAAUUCAUUUAUAGCCAACGGAAUUUCUCCCGACUACAUGCUUCCUAGUUUCCCCAGCGUGACCUUCCCAAAUCACUUUACGCUGGUUACCGGACUCUAUCCUGAAAGCCAUGGAAUUGUCGGCAACACAUUUUGGGAUCCGAUCCUUAAAGAGGAGUUCCAUUAUAGUUACCCGUCCAGAAGUAUGCAGCCAAAGUGGUGGACUGCAGAACCGUUGUGGGUGACGGCUGAAAAUCAAGGCGUUCGGACAGCAAUCCAUAUGUGGCCUGGCUCAGAAGCUCACGUAGCUAACGUUGAACCCACCUAUCUUGAUAAAUACAAUGGAAAGGAAGAUUUACUUCGCAAGGCCAAUAGAGUGCUAUCGUUUUUAGACCUGCCGGGAGAGGAAGAUGAUUUGCCGUCCAAUACAAAUAGACGACCACAACUAAUCGCAGCCUACGUACCCAACGUUGAUAGUGAUGGACAUAAGUUUGGCCCGAAUAGUACUGAAAUCCGAACUACCAUCACAAAUGUGGACAAAAUGCUUGCAAAUAUUUUCCAGGGCCUCCACGACCGCAAUCUCACAGAAGUUGUCAACUUGGUCAUUGUAUCUGACCAUGGUAUGGCCACCACUUCCACGGAUCGCCUAGUUCAAUUAGAAGAUUUGAUCGAUAUGGAUCUGGUGGAUCGCAUUGAUGGGUGGCCCCUUCGGGGUAUCCGGCCUAAGCGUCCUGAAGACCUCGAAACCCUUAAGCAGCAGCUUUCGAAAUCAUCCAAAGCAUACCAUGACUCGAUCGAAGUUUACACCCGGGAAACAAUGCCCGAACGGUAUCAUUUCUCCAAUAACGAUCGUAUUGCUCCUCUCUGGGUAAUUCCUAAAACUGGAUGGGCCAUUGUUGAAAGAACGGAGUUUGAUGUUAAGAAGAUGCAAAUGAACAAAGAAGUUUAUCGACCAAGAGGUCUUCAUGGAUACGAUCACGAACACCCUCUAAUGAGAUCCAUCUUUGUUGCUAGAGGCCCCAAAUUUCCUCACAAUCCAAAUAGCCGUAUGGAAGUUUUCCAAAACAUCGAAGUCUACAAUAUAAUUUGUGACUCCCUAGAAAUAAAACCUUUCCCCAAUAACGGAACUCUCCGCCUCCCCCUAAAUCCCAUAGGUCUUCAUUCCGAUAAAAAUAAUCCUGCCCUCGAAACCCCUGAAGACCCGCCCGUCAGUACCAGCAGCAGCGCCUCUAUAACCCUAACAACUCAGACUAGUUCGCAAAAUCUGAAACCAACUUCCAUAUCAGCCUCCGCAGUUCCAACCGCCACCUCCGCUCCCGAUAAUGACGAUGGGAAUGAUAGCACCAAUGAAUCAUCAUCAUUUUGGGACAGAAUCCUUAACAAACUCCAAAGGUUAAGCAAUUGGGCCAGUAUGUUCCUAGAAUCUGUUGUUGAGUAA